CACUUUUUGAUGGGCUUCUUUUGAUCUCUUGUUGUUUAUGGACUUUUUGAAAAUAUUAGCAAGAAAAAUGUCAACAUACGUACCAUUAUCUCAGUUGAAACCUCCGAGACAUGCGGGGAUGAAAAAGCUUGAUAAAUCUAAAUUUGUCAUAAAUCGUAAUGUAUGGGCCUUGUUUUUACCUGAGAUCAAGUAUGCAAAUGAGUUUUUAGGAAGAAAAGGCAAAAAAAAAUUUGAAGAUUCCAUCGUUUUGUCUAUUCCACAACAUCCUUCUUUGAUAGAAUUUUCGAAAAGUAUGUUAUCAGGUUCAUUAGUAUCAUUGAUCAGCCCGAAGAAUCCAAAACUAAAGGCCAUCCUUUUAAAAGAAGACAUCAAAGUUACGGACAAAGAUAAGAACUUUGCAAAUGAAGAUGACUAUGAGCCACAGCUACUUAAGGAAAAUGUCACCGAAUCAACUUACCUGUUGUUGAAAAAACUUGGGUCAAAAUAUAAGAUUUACAAUAUAGCUUUUGAUUUUGAUUAUUGGUCUUAUGACGACAUUUUAAAAGCUAUUUUACCGGAAGAUCUCAUAGAAAACUGUCCAAGUGCAUUCACGGUAGCUGGACAUUUAGCCCAUUUAAAUCUAAAAGAACAGUACAUGCCAUAUCGAAACAUUAUUGGAGAGGUUAUUUUGAACAAAUUUCCGAACAUAAGAACUGUCGUCAACAAAACAAACAAUAUCACUUCUGAGUUCAGAACAUUCCAAAUGGAAUUGUUGGCUGGUGAAGACAACUUUGUAGUGACUCAAAAGGAAUGUGGUUGCCUUUUCACAUUCGAUUUCCAAAAGGUAUACUGGAAUUCCAGAUUGGCCACAGAACAUGAACGACUUAUCAAUUCUUUUGAUUCUGGAGAAGUUGUUUGCGAUGUGAUGGCUGGUGUGGGUCCGUUUGCUGUACCAGCUGGUAAAAAACCCUGCUUGGUAUUUGCCAAUGAUCUUAAUCCAGAAUCGUAUAAAUACUUGAAAGAGAAUAUUGGAACGAAUAAAGUCUCUUCCUUUGUUGAGGCCUCAAAUUUGGAUGGUAGAGAGUUCAUUAAACAAUCUCCAAAGAUACUACAAAACUUUAGAAAAUCAGUCUCUAGCAUAAAGUUUACUGACAAAGGUAUGAGCAGCAAGAGCAAAGCAGAAAAAGCGGAGCCUUCUACGAAGAAGAGAACGAUGAAUUUAGAUGUUCCCCUUUUUGUGUCACAUUAUGUUAUGAACUUGCCUGAUUCAGCUAUCACCUUUGUGGACUCUUAUAUUGGCUUAUUCAGCAACGCAUAUCCAGGUUUGAGCAAGGAAGAAGUCAAACAGCUAACGGGAUACAAGUUACCCGUCAUUAAUGUUCAUCAUUUUGAGAAAUACAAAGAAGAAGAGAUUGAAGGUGAUGUUGAAGAGGAGUUGAAGAGAAGGAUGCACCGAAAAGUAGUAGAGCAGUUGAACUUUGAAAUUUCUAUCGAAAGCUUGAAGUUUCAUUUGGUGAGACAAGUCGCCCCUUGUAAACUAAUGUAUUGCAUCUCUUUCAGAUUACCUGAGGAGGUUGCGUUUGCCCCACAAUAGAAUUAUAUAUUAUGUCUAGAUAGAUUUGUAUUAAUAGAAAUUAUAUAAAGCACCCUGUAACAAAGCCAAUAUUAACAUAAACCGAAU